AUGGCGCCUUACACCCUUCCCACAGACGCCGUCUGGUUCGUAACAGGCUGCUCGUCCGGAAUUGGGUACGCCCUAUGCUCGCACCUUGUCAAAAACACCACCUCCCGCGUCGUCGCCACAGCCCGCAACCCCUCAUCACUCUCCUCCCUUCCCGAUGGCCCAAGAAUUCUCAAGCUCGCCCUCGACGUAACAUCCGACGCCUCCAUCCAAACCGCCUUAUCAGCUACACUCACCCAGUUUUCCCGCAUUGACGUCGUUGUCAAUAACGCCGGCUACGGCAUCAUGGGCGAUACGGAAACUAUGGACAUGUCUGCCGCUCGGGGCGUCAUGGAAGCCAACUUCUGGGGCGCCGUCCGCGUCACACAAUUAUCCCUCCCCAUUCUCCGCGAAUCCAAUGCAAAGACGGGAGUCAGAGGCGGACUCAUUAUGCAAAUUACUAGCAUGGGCGGGCGCCUCGCCUUCGCAGGAAACACGUUCUACCACGCAAGCAAAUUCGCGCUAGAGGGGUUCACAGAGGGUCUGGCGAAGGAGAUGCCUGAGGAGUGGGGGAUACAAGUCCUGUGUGUCGAGCCUGGCGGCGUGAAGACGAGGUAUGCGGAGACGAGUACGUCGGGGUUCGACACCUCGUCCAGGCUGGACGUUUACAGAGAUCCCAACACUCCGACGAAUCAGUUGCUGAAGUAUAAAGAGAGCCUUGAGGCGACGAGGAACUGGGCUGAGCCGGAGAGGGUGGCGCAGGUGUUGUACGAGUAUGUUGAGGAGGGCGGGGAGAUGCCGCUAAGAUUGCCGCUGGGGAGUGACAGCUGGGGCAUGCAGAAGAUGGCGCUCGAGCAGGGGUUGAAAGAGCUGGAUGGAUUGCAGGCGGUAAGUUGCAGUACGAGUGGGAAGGAGCAAUUGGCUAGUAUUGGCUUUUUGAAAUAG